GUGUCAGAUUUUAGGGUUAUGAAAAAAAUUAUAAUUUCUUGUAAUUAAUUAAUGACGUUAAAUGACAUUCUGUGAUGACAUUACUCACCUGAGAAAUGCCUGGGAAUUGACUUCAUUAAUUUUAGACAGAUUUUAUCUAUUAAUUUUUAUUUUCUUUUUUAAUAUUCCCAAGGUCACAGCGAGAAAGUUCUUAAAAAUAAAAUUGAGAGGUGUGGCGCUACACGCACUACCAAAAAUAUACCUGUCAGACAAAAUAUUUUGAUAGUUGCUUUUUAAAGGUAAACAGAUAUCCCAGGAAUAAAUUAAUAACCAAAAUGGUAGUGAAGGUUUACGUGAGCGGUAUAUCCGGUAAUAAAGAGGUGAAAAAGCGUCAACAGAAGGUCUUAUUAAUAUUAGAUUCGAAAAAAGUCGAAUAUGAAGUUCUCGAUAUUGCCGAGCCCAAUAUGGAAGAAGCAAAAGAAUACAUGCAAAACAACUCUAAAUUAUUGGGGAGUACAAUUGGAGAUCCAAAUCCUAGGCAUCCGUUGCCUCCCCAAAUAUUUAAUGACGAUGAAUACUGUGGGGAUUUUGAUGCUUUUGAUAUGGCAAAUGAAAUUGAUGAAAUGGAAAAAUUCUUAAAACUAUCCCCCAAUGAUACUAACACUAAUGGUAUUCAAUCAAAUGCUGAAGUAAAAUUAGAAAAUGGAGAUGUUUCCCAUCAAAGUGCUUCAAGAGAAGCUUCCCCGGCAGCUGAAGAGACUGCACAGGCAACAAAAGAUACGGAGAAUGAUCCAGAAGUAUCAGAGAAUUUAGUAGAAUCGACUACAGAGGACCUCCGUAAAGAAGAAACAGUGAAAGAAAAGUCUCCUUCACAAGAUGCAGGUGAUAAUGAGACAGAUGAUCAGAAAGCUGAAAAUGCAGCUAAUAGUAGUAAACAAGAGGCAGAGGAGGAGUAUGAUGAAACUGGAAAGUCUGACGAAGAAUAAUUUGGUUUGGUUAAACAUUUAUUUAAGAGUGUGUGUUAUGAAAAGUGCCAUGUGUGCUAAGAAAUUAAAAGAAACUUUAUUUCGGUGAUACAAAACUUCAAUCAUUUUAUGACCAUCUUGCCUUUUGUCUUUUAUAUAAUUUUUGUUGAUCAUGGUCACAUCUUAUAAGCUUCCUACAUGACACUCAGUUUAUUAAGAAUAUAUUUAUUAUGCAAAUGUUUCCAUUUGGCCUGUUUUAUGUAUACUAUUCUUACUAAUAUAUAAAGAUUUUAAUUGAAAAC